GACGUCAAAAGCAAAAAGUCAAAGAAAUUUUUGAGGUUAGAAAAUAAUUAUUCUCUAUCAACAAACACAAUAAUAAGUAAUUUCGAGUUUAUUAGUGAACUUGAGUUGUACAAUACAGUUUAUUAAAAUUAAAAUAUGUCUCGACUUGGUGCUUUACAUUUGACUAAACCUACAGGCGCCAAGCACACAGCGACUGUAAUAUUUUUUCAUGGAUCGGGUGAUUCAGGUGGAAAUAUUAAAGAGUGGGUAAAUAUACUGACAAGAAACUUUACAUUUCCACACAUCAAGGUGAUGUUUCCAACUGCUCCACUGCAACCUUACACUCCCAACGGAGGUGCCAUGAGCAAUGUUUGGUUCGACCGUGCUGAUAUAUCUAUCAAUGCUCCUGAAAAACUUGAAUCAAUAUCUAGAAUAGAGGUAGAGGUUAAGAAUCUCAUACUAAGUGAAAAUAAAUUAGGAAUACCUAGCAACAGAAUAAUUAUAGGUGGAUUUUCAAUGGGUGGCUCACUGUCAUUCCACACUGCCUAUAGGUGGGACAGAAAUCUUGCUGGAGCCUUUGUGUUCAGCUCUUUUCUCAAUAAUGGCUCAAUUGUGUACCAAGAGCUAAAAAAUACAUCCAGUGCCUCAUUACCACCUCUGCUGCAAUGCCACGGCGACAACGACGACGUGGUGCCGCUGGAGUGGGGCCGGGCCACGUUCAAUGAACUGAAAACACUUGGGGUUCCAAGUCAGUUUCACGUUUUGGAGAGGCUGGGACAUCAGCCCAAUAAACGAGGGCUUCAUCUCAUAAAGGAUUUUAUUGAGAAACAUCUGCCUGAUGUGUGAAUUGCAUGAUAUUGAUAUAAUAUGUAUCAUGUGAAUUAUUUUUUGUGCAACUGUACAUUCAAUGCAACGUUGUUGAUUUUGAUAUGGUUAUACCGGUUAUACUAUACCAAAUACUGAUAUUAGAUAUUAAAAAUAUUAUA